AUGCUCCUAUGUUUAUGUUUCCGGCCCGGUACCCGCCCAAUCCUCAGUUCCUGCACCAUUAUAUACACCAGAUGCUGCCACAAAGCUCGUCUGUUCUGAAUGUAAUGAAAAAUACGAAAAAAACUUUCAAAGAUCACGAGCCAGUAGCAGCGACCUGGAUAUAGAAAUUGAUGCGAUGCUUCUACUCAAAGCAGCAAGGAAAGGUACUUUUUCUUCUGUUGGUACACGUAAAACUAGUCUUUAUAAGAAAAUAGGCAAUGCUACGUCAAGAGGAAAUAUUUUCUGAAGUCUAACUUCUGUAGGCGUGAUAGGGCAAAAAGGUCUAAAUCGAACUCAUAGUUCUGGCAGUUGCCGCAUUCUGCGAUGGCGGCUCUGCUGCGGAGACCAAUACACUGGGAAUUUGGAGGGAGUUGGAACGUGUGGGGAAGGGGAUGUUGUUUCAGG